AUGACCACAGCCAUGGGGGAUUAUGACAAUGAGCUCUUCAAGGAGCUCGAAAGCACCUACUGUCCACCAAUUGAUCCUGCGUUAUUUGUUGCGAUCGUCUCAGACUUUGACCUGGCGAUCCCCACUCAGGUCGAACAGUUGCGCGAGACCCUGGACGUGUUGAACGCAUCUGCUGUUGAGCAAGAAGACUUGCCAUUUGACCCCACAGGUACAACCAACCUCCGAAACUCUGAUGUCUCAGGCGCUGCGAUUGGCGAAUGGCCUGACGGCGCAUCCUCAGGUCCUACUAGCUGGCCAUCGCUUGAACAUCCUGAAGACAGUAAUGACGACCCCAACAGCGCCACUUAUGACGCUGAAAGGCUCAAAGGCUCGAAGCUUGGAUACACCUUUCUGGGUAUGACAACUGCUGAUAAGGCACAGAACUUGAUUAGCAUGUUCCCGACUAUUACUCGCCUGGAAGCUGAGCGCAUCCUCGAAGAUUGUCACGACAAUCUCAGUCGUUCAAUGGAUGUCUUGCUCAACCUUGCUUUCAUCGAAGAGACACAAAUCGCCAGAGAAAUUCCUCAACACACCCCCGAGGAGGUUGCUCAAGACAGUCAGUCCUCCAUUCCCAAGUCGAUCGAUGGCUUCCAGGCCAAGGAGAAUGAGAACGGCGGCAAGAAGACCCGAAAGAAUAAAAAGCAGAAGCAACGUCGAGUCGACCUGGCCUCCCAGGCCAUGAAUAACACUGCCACCAAUAAAUGGGAGUCAGGAAAGAAGGAUAUUGAAUUUCUUUCCUCGCGGGCCUGCGCUUUACAGAGGGAGAAAAUCGCGUCGACUUACCAUGAGAAUUCGAUGUCACUCUGUGGAACAAUCAGAGUCUUGGCGCAGGCUCAUGCACCCAAGGACAUCCAAGAGAUUGAGGACGACCCUGUACUCGUCACUCAGGUGGGGGAGCUGGGUGACAAGUACCCCGGCAUCAAUCCGAUCACUCUGACUGGGCUGAUUCGAAUUGCAAACAGUGAGAUCUCAGCGGCAGAGGAGCUUGCUGAGAUCUUGGCCCGUCGCCCUGAUCUCACUUCAGUUUCAGAUAUAAUCAGUUUCGUGUCAUCCCCGGUCGCCCUCGACGACGAAGAGAACAUACCCCCGGCUCAGCAGACAGAGAGUGCCUCUGAUUUCAUGGAUUUCAGCCAAGCCGCCGCUGCUGCCAACUCUCACUUCGCAGCCCGCUCAGCUGCCCUCGCCCAAGCAUCCCAGUCCGCCCGCCGCGCCCGCUCAAACCCUCUCUACAGCGGCGCCUCCGCCUACUACCGGGAAGUCGGAAACGAGCAACGCCAGCUUGCAAUGCGCCAUUUGGCGACAGCGUCGGAUCGACUGGUGACCCGCCAGUCGUCCCAAUAUGACCUGGAUUUGCAUGGCGUGACGGUCGCCAAUGCCGUCAGGAUUGCUCGCGAGAGGGUCCAGGCGUGGUGGGACGGGCUGGGAGACCAGAAGUACGUUCGUGGCGGAGGACAGAGCUCCCACGGCGGGUUCAAUAUUGUUUGCGGUGUUGGUCACCACUCCCAAGACCGCAAAUCACAUAUUGGACCCGCCGUGUGGAAUAUGCUACAGAAGGAGGGGUGGCGUGUGGAGCUGAAUCGGGGCUCCAUGUUGGUGACCGGCGUAACCCGCCGUUGA